CAACCCUGGCCAAGAAGAGGCCAAAGAAGGUCAAGGAGGAGCAGCAGCUGGUCCAUGAAGAUCCCCAUCCCAUGCCCAGCAGGGAGGGGCCGGUGAGCCACACCACUGAGGGCCAGCGCAGGCCUGAAGUGUGUGUGGCCACCUGGGGGUCCGGGGAACCAAGACCCAUGGGUGCAGGGAGAAGGACUCCUCCACCCGAGCCACACAGGCCCCACCAGCCUCCAACCUCGAAGCCGCUCAGUCCCAACAGGCGGAUGGCACUUUUCAACUCGGUGCUGCAGUGCUGCGCCUGCGGAAAUCGCACCAGGCCAGAAGACCUGGAGCCCAAGGAGGCAGAGCCCAAGGCAACAGCCCAGGGGGCAGACGUGGCUCCUCCUGUAACAUCCAAAGUCCACCCUGAGGAGCUGGAGGCAGAGCUGGAGGCAGAGCUGGAGGCAUGUGCACCUCCAGAGCCCGUGCCACCUCCAGCAGCCUCUCCAGCUGCAGCUGUGGAGCCAGGGCCGGCCCCAGACACAACUGAGGCCCCACCAGCGCUGGAAGAAGAACCCUCCCCGGGACCCUCGCUGGUUCCUGCCUCAGAGGAGGAGCUGCCUGUGGAGGAGCCACCUCAAGGGCCGCUUGUUGAGUGCCCUCACCCUGUCCCAAGGGGAAAACUCGUUUUCCCCCCACUCCUUGAUAUUUCCAUUUUCUUUAUUUUUCUUAUUUUGUUUUUAUGUUCUCCAUGGCGUACUUUCUUUUGUGAUCUUUUUAUUACUUUGGGGGUUUGGGCAGAGUUUAUGUCUCCAUCUCAGCUUGUGUUCCCAGAAACUAAUUCAGAGCCUGGCUUCAAUUAUACAGAUAUCAAUAUUUAUGGUUAUAUAAAUAUAAAAUUUCGAGCAGUCAAAUUUACUCUGCACACCAGAGAUCUGCUAAGCACAGUAUUAUAUAUUCUCAACUCCUGCAGAUUAUCGGUUGAACACGUCCAAAGCUUGAACAGCAAUGUGCGUCCCCAGCCGCCCAAAGAGGCGAAGAGGAUGUCUGACAGGCCCCUCAAAUGGGACACGUCUUACCACUCCUUUACUGGAUUCAAAGACCCAGAUGAAGACCUCGAGCAUGUCUCAACAAUGGAAACAACCCUGACAUCCUGGUUAGAUAACAAUGGGAAACGUGCUAUUAAAAAGCUGGAGAACAGUUUGCCACUUAGAAAAGAACUAGAUCGUUUAACAGAUGAACUGUCUCCGCAGUUGCAGCUCUCAGAUAUCAGGUGGCCGCGGAGCUGGGGCCUCGCCCAUCGCUGGAGCCAGCUGCAUAGUGUAGGCCGCUUAGCGCAGCAGAACUUGGAAACACUUAAAAAUGCAAAAGGAUGUACAGUAAUAUUUACAGACCGUCCCGGGAUCAGUGCAGUGGGCCACGUGAUGCUGGGAACAAUGGAUGUCCACCAUCACUGGACGAAGCUUUUUGAAAGGUUACCGAGUUACUUCGACCUUCAGAGGAGGCUAAUGCUCCUAGAAGACCAAAUAAGCCACCUUCUGGGGGACAUCCAGGUGGUUAAUAUUGAAGAGCUCCAGCCAGUGCUGACGCUGCACGAGUGUUACUCUCUUCUCGACGUGUUCUAGAAGAGGCUGUUGAAAAACAGAGUUCCUUUCCACCCACAAAGUCUGCGUGGCUUACAGAUGAUCCUCAACAGUGACAGAUACGCUCCCAGUUUGCAUGAACUCGGGCAUUUUAACAUCCCCACGCUCUGCGACCCAGCCAACCUGCAGUGGUUCAUUCUCACCAGAGCCCAGCAGGCGAGAGAGAACAUGAAGAGGAAAGACGAGUUAAAGGUUAUUGAAGAUGAAUUGAUACAGGCUUCAACAAAGAAAUUUCCCCUGGAAAAGUUCUAUAAGGAGCCCAGCGUUUCCAGUAAGCAGACGGUGGAUUGCUGUCAGAGACUUCUGGGGCAGUCGCUGCCUUACCUACAAGGGAUGCACCUCUGCGUUUCACAUUUUCACUCCGUUAUGCAAGACGGAGACCUCUGUAUUCCUUGGAGUUGGAAAAAUGGAGACACGAUUAAGUGA